UUUUGGACAAAAUAAACUUGAUGAUAUUGCUUCAUAUUGUACUUGCAAAAGUGGUUUGCGUACUGCAGGUGGUACUUGUUCCCACGUAACUGCAGCUUUAAUUGCCUUAAAAUAUUGGAAAAAUAAUAAAAAACUACCAUUCUUUUAUACAGCAGCGGCGGCAUUAUUUAUCAAUGUUUUGGAUUGCACUGCAUAUAAACAGAGGAAUAAAAACAAACAAAUGUCAACAGAAGAUGAUGAAACAUUUAGUGACACCGAAAACCAAACAUCACUAAGUGAUGUAUCAACAAACGCUGAAUUAACAGAUGAAGAAUCAGCUGAUGAAGAAUCAACAGGAAACAAUAUUAAUAAAGAAGAUGCUAAUAAAAACCAAUCUAAUCGUAAAAAAAAACCGAGAACUGUUUAG